UCGGGCCGUGUUUCCGGGAGGGGAGCCGGGAGGGACGGACCAUUCGCGGCGGAGCCCCCAUGGGGGAACGCUUUGGGAACGGACCAUUUCCGGCGGAAGUGGCGGCGGGAACGGGCGCGGGAACCGGGACCGCGAUGGAACCGGACCCGGACCCUGAUCCUGAUCCCGACCCUGAGCUUAAACCCGAGCCCGACCCGGGCCCCCGGCCCGGCCCCGACAUGGGCCCUGUGACGGGCUCAGGCCCCGGACCGGCCCCGGUAACGGACCCGGCAGCGGACCCGGCAACGGACCCCGACGUGCAGCCGCUGCCCCGGGGCGGCUUCCGCUGCCGCCUGUGCCAGAUCACCGCGGCCAACCGCCCGAGCCUCGCGUCCCACCUGUCCGGGAAGCGGCACCGGCGGCUCCGGUCGCUGCGGGCCGAGCGCCGGGAGCAGGAGCUGCGGAGCCUCUUCGUGAGCGGCUUCGCCCGCGGCACCGACCCCGCCGAGCUGCGGCGCCACUUCGGGAGCUUCGGGGGCGUCACCGGGGUCGUCAUGGACAAGGACAAGGGCGCCUUUGCCAUCGUGGAGCUGUCGGACCCCUCGGAGCGGCAGCGGGCCCUGGAGCACCCCCGGCACUGCCUGGGGGGGCGGCGGCUCAGGUCCCGGCCCAGGAGCACAAAACCUUCCCCGGCCCCCCGCGGGCCCGCGGCCCCGAGCCCCCAGGCCCGGGGGCUGCAGGAGGCGCUGGGCCAGGCCCCAGAUGUGGAGGCCCAGCUGCAGCUCCUGGUGCAGCUCCUGGAGCUGAGCGAGGCCGAGCGGCGCCUGCGGAGCCUCCUCGUGUCGCUGUUCCAGGAGGUGUUCUCCGAGUUCUUCCCAGGCUGCUCCAUCGUCCCCUUCGGCUCCUCCGUCAACGGCUUCGACGUCCACGGCUGCGACCUGGACCUGCACCUGGAGCUGCCGGGGGGCGAGGACCCCCCCUGGGACCCCCCCCAGGGACCCCAGACAGGGGACAGGGACUCCCAGACCCAGACAGGGGACAGGGACCCCCCCAAGGGACCCCACACCGAGGGGCUCCCGACAGGGGAGAAGGAGCCCCCCAAGGACGCCCCCCCUGCCCCAACAGGGGACAGGGACCCCCCUGGAGACCCCCUGCUGGGGGAUGGGGACCCCCCUCCCAGCCCCCCCACCAACGGGUCCCUUCUGGGGUCCGAGGGGUCCCUGUGGGGGUCCGAGGGGCCCCCCCCCGAGGGGUCCCUGCUGGGUGACGGGGACACCUCCUGCUCCGAGGGGUCCCUGUCUGAGGACGAGGGGUCCCUGCUGGGCCCUGGGGGGGGUCUCCAGGGGGCCCCCCCCGAGCGGGUGCUGGCCCUGGUGGGGUCGGUGCUGCGCCGCUGCGUCCCGGGGGUCCGGGGGGUCCGACCCGUCCCCGGCGCCCGCCGGCCCGUCGUGAAAUUCAGCCACAAACAGUCGGGGCUGGAGGGGGACGUGUGUGUGCACAACCGCCUGGCCCUGUUCAACACGCGCUUCCUGCGCUUCUGCGCCGACGCCGAUCCCCGAGUGCGGCCCCUGGGCUACGGCGUGAGGGCCUGGGCGAGAGCCAAGGGGCUGGCAGGGAACCCCUCGGGGGGGGGCCCCCUCCUCACCAACUACGCCCUGACGCUGCUCGUCGUGUUCUUCCUGCAGACCCGGAGCCCCCCCGUGCUGCCCUCGGGGCUGCAGCUGCGGGACCUGGCGGGCCCUGAGGACCGAGCCGAGGUGGGGGGGUGGGAUUGCAGCUUCCCCCGGGACCCCUCUGUGCUGGAGCCGAGCGGGAACACCCAGAGCACAGGCUCCCUCCUGGCCGAGUUCUUCUCAUUUUUCGGGGGGCUGGAGCUGCCCCGGCUCCUGCUGUCGCCCCGCGAGGGCCGAGCGCUGCCCCGGCCCCCCCCCGGCGCCCUGGGGGGGCUGCGCCCGGGCCCCCUGACCCUGCAGGACCCCUUCGAGCUGAGCCACAACGUGGCCGCCAACGUCCCCGCCCGGGCCGUGUCGCGGUUCAGCCGCUGCUGCCGCGAGGCCGCCAAAUUCUGCCGCGGCCCCGAGUUCCGCCACCGGUCCCGCCGCGGCCGCCCCUGGGGGGUCCUGGGGCUCCUCCAGCCCGGGGGGACCCCCGAGAGGGACGGGGGGGGCUUCACCAUCCCCCUCCCGCUGCGGCCCCGCGGGGGCUCGGGGGGGCCCGGCGGGUUCCGGGAGGUCUGCGGGGCCGUGGGCUUCGUGCUCGGGGACGUCCUGGGGUGCAGCUGCGACCCCUUGGGGGGGGCCCGGGGGGAGCUGGGGGCACCUGAGGAGGGGGAGGAGCUGGAGGAACUGCCUCAGGAUCUGUCAGACACGGAGGAGCCCCCGCCGGGAGCCAAAGGUCACCCCGGGGGGGUGACGGGACGUUCCCCAGGGGAAUUUGGGGUCCCGGGGGACGCGGGGACAGCUGAGGAGGUGCCCCUGGAUCCGUCGGGAUCAGGGCCAGCAGCACCAGGAUCCGGGGGGGAAUUUGGGCUCCAGGGGAGUCUGUCCCCGUCACCGGCCCCGGGCUCGAAGCGUCUCCGUCCCGAGGCCCCGAACGGCCCCGAAAUUCCCCCUGGGAAGCGCUCCCGGCCCCCCCCGGCGCUCCCCCCGUCCCUCUGGAGCUGUUCCGUGUGGCACCGGGUGUGGAGGGGCCGCCGCCGCCUCCGCCGCCGCCUCCGAUCUCAGGGGUUGUCCUGGGGUCCCGAGCAGGACUCGCUGGCGCUGGAGCGGGCGGUGACCGAGGCCAUCGUGCGGGGGCAGCGGGGACCCCCCCGGGAGCCUCCUGGGCCCCCGGAGCCGCUGCUGCGCUUCCAGGCCCGCGCCCGCAGGGGGGGUUCGCGCCGGGACCCCCAAGUGCUGCUGCGGCUCCGGCCUGUCCUCGACCCCCCGCCGCUUUUCCACGAGUUUUUCCACUUCCUGAGGAGUUUCCUGCCCGAGAUGGUUCGGCAGCGCCUGGGAAUGGGGCGGGGGGAGGGGGGCGCGUGACUCCCGAGGGGGGAGAUGGGGGGGAAUUUUGUACGUCCUGAGUUUUUCCAGUAAAA